GGAUUUCAUGGUCUACGGAGGCGGAGCGUCUGCAGGAACCAGACGUGCAAGAGGACAGAAGAAAGAAGGUACUUGGUUGUGCCAUUUGUUCACUUCUGCACUGUUGGACGUGCACAUAUAAACAUGGCUCUUCUUCCUGUUCUUGCUGUCUUCUUUCUGCCAGGAGCAUGGGGUCAGAGCAGCGGCAGCAACAACAGACUGGGUGUGGUGGUUGAAGCCAAGAACAUCACGCUCCCUGCAGGAAGUAAGGCCGUGCUCCCUUGUCAUAGCCCUCGCAUGGUUUGGAUCCGCGACAGACUGAAGGACCGUCAGAGGGUGGUGCACUGGGACUUGAAGCACUAUACUCCUAAAUACUCAGUAGAACGAGUCCUGGAUAUGUCCCCUGGAGCCCGACUUAGGGUCUACAACAACUUCAACAAGGGUCGUGUUUCCAUUCCAGAAUCUGCAUUCAAAGAUGGCAACUUCUCCCUCGUCAUCAACAAUGUGAUCCAAAGUGACAGAGGAGUUUACACGUGUAAUCUGCACCAUCAUUACUGCCAAGUUCAACAGUCGGUUCAGAUCCAGCUCAACGUGACUAAGUUAGCUCACAAAGAGAAGCGCUACUGGGAUGGAGAGAAAACCAUUUUCGUGGUUCUGAUGGGCACAUCUGUGGUGUUGCCAUGCGUCAACCGCCGGCCCCUAUGGAGAGAUGGUGUUCAGGAGGACCAGCAGCAGGUGGCCCACUGGGACUUCCAGUCGCCAGGGGUGCGUCCCGAUAAGGCUGACCGCCUGGUGGACCUCUACGCUUCUGGAGAGCGGCGGGAUUACGGACCACUCUUCGCUGAGAAGAUGAGUGUGGCUGAGGAUGCCUUCACACUCGGAGACUUUUCCCUGUCAAUUUCCAACUUAAAGCCAGUGGAUAAAGGCCUGUACUCCUGCAACCUGCAUCACCACUACUGCGGCCUGCAUGAGAGACGCAUUUUUAGACUCACCGUGGGACCUUCACUUCCAUCAGUACCCACAACGACACAAACAACCUUCCACAAUGAUGAUCCUGAACCAAGGAUUGAAAUGGUGGAGAGUCCUCAUGUAGUGAACGUCAUCCUCCCUGAGCACCGAAGCUAUUUUGUGCAGCAUUUGGGUUAUUUUCUGGCAACCUUCCUGCUUCUGGCCUUCGUCCUUGUCGCAAUUGUCGUGGUAACUCGACGGCGCAAAAAGAGAGCCCUGGCAUAUGACCCGCGGAGAUAUGACGAGGGAACUGUCAUAAAUGAAGGUGAAAGUUCAUUAAAUUGCACUGAGCUGAAGACCCGCAACCAAGAACCACUGAUUUCAGAUUACAAAAACAACCUCCUGAAAGAGCGAGACAUGAGCAAAGAUUGCAACAUGGACUUUGAUGGGAAGAUGUGGAAGUGAGACACUUUAGAGCAGCUGCUGGCAGGACCAGAGCAAACAUCAUGAGAGAAAGGCUAAAAAGGAAAACAAAGAGAGGACAGAAGGAAGGCUCCCUCUGCUGAAACUCUUAAGGCACAAAGCUGUUUUGCCUUCAUUUUUAUACUUUAUAACGUGCAUUCUUUUCUUAUUGUUUAUGAAAAUACUAUUUGCCUUAAUUUGAUUUUUUUUUUAUAUAGUUUAUGUUAAAUAUCAGGUAUCACUCUUUUUAUUAAGCGUAACACGCAUUUCAUUUUCUAGCAUGAUUUAGCUGCAAUGUGCAUGCAGACAGAGUAGCUCUCUGCUUAGUUGUUUUUGAGGUUGCACAAAUUCUGCUGUAUCGUACUUCGUAAAAGAUAUGUCACCGUUAUUUACAUGUUCAUUUACUGUAUGGGGGAGAGAAUAUCUGGUGUUGUCACGGUUUUUGAUGGUACUUUAUUGCCACUUUUCUGAGGAUAUUUAUUUCCUGCUAAAGACAUUCAUAGUUGUGUAGACCAUGUUUAUACAAAAUGUAUGAGUUAAAAGUAUAAAUAAAGCCUCAGAUGAAAAUAUUCCCGUAAUUAAUGUUAACCUUUUGUUUGUACCAAGUCAUCUGUUCACUGCAUGACCUUUUGUUACAAAAAAUUUGCUGCAGUUACAUAGAUGUUAUAUCUUAAUUGGAUUACUGCACUAGAAAAUUGGUGUCCUACUUUUUUGCUCUCUUGCACACUGACACAUUUGCCCUUCUGUUGCUUUGUUCUUUAAUUAAAACUGUCCUAAAGACUCA